UCUUAUUCCUGCUUUGGUCUCACAUAAUCCCAGGUAUUGGGAGGUAGAAGCAGGAGGAGUCAAAGUUGAAUGUCAUCCUUGACUACAUAGCAAGUCCAAGGCCAGCCAGAGCUGUGUGAAAGCCUGUUAGAAAACAAAAGCAGCUGGAAAAGGGUUUAGUGCCCUGACUCAAGUUGUUUCUACUUGAGGGAAGCAGAGUGGCAAAGCAACCUUCCCCUGGAGUCAGACGGAUACACUUGAGACCUAAAGCAGGGCCUUUUCUGAUCAGUGUGUUUCCUUUGGGAAAGGACAACAAACAGCUCAGGGUCUGCCUGUCUCCCCUGCUCUUCCCAAGGCGCUUUUCUGCUGUGAGGACUGCCUAUGGAGAGCAGUUGGUUCUGUCUUCACCCGUACAUGGUAGAACCCGGUGAUGAUACAGAUCCACGUGUUUUAGAAAAGCAAGAAUUGCAGCAGCCGACCUAUGUUGCCCUCAGUUACAUUAAUAGAUUCAUGACAGAUGCUGCACGCAGAGAACAGGAGUCCCUGAAGAAGAAGAUUCAGCCGAAGCUUUCACUGACCCUGUCCAGCUCCGUGUCUCGAGGGAAUGUGUCCACGCCACCACGUCAUAGCAGCGGAAGCCUUACUCCCCCUGUGACCCCGCCCAUCACGCCCUCCUCUUCAUUCCGCAGCAGCACUCCAACAGGCAGUGAGUAUGAUGAGGAGGAGGUGGACUACGAGGAGUCUGAUAGCGAUGAGUCCUGGACCACAGAGAGUGCCAUCAGCUCUGAAGCAAUCCUCAGCUCCAUGUGCAUGAAUGGAGGAGAAGAAAAGCCUUUUGCCUGUCCAGUUCCUGGAUGCAAAAAGCGAUACAAGAAUGUGAAUGGCAUAAAGUACCACGCUAAGAAUGGCCACCGAACGCAGAUCCGCGUCCGCAAACCCUUCAAAUGUCGGUGUGGGAAGAGCUAUAAGACCGCUCAGGGCCUGCGGCACCACACAAUCAACUUCCACCCCCCGGUGUCAGCGGAGAUGAUCAGGAAGAUGCAGCAGUGACGGACGUGCUGGGCAGAACUGUGCCAAGAACUCCUCACCAGCAGUUGCUGAUUUUGAAAACAGCCACCUUUUUCAGGGGGAGCACUCAGCAACCCUUUAAUGAGAAAUGAUUAAAUGCAUGCUUUAAACUUUUCUGUCAUUUUGGAACGAUGUGUCUUUGUAGAGUUGAUGAUUUUGUACAUUUGCACAUGUAAAUCAUCACACCCAUUUCCAUUACUUCGAUAUAAGGUGCUAAACGAGAAAGCUCUAGGUUCUUCAGCACAUUUUCCCCAAACAAAAUCCAAGGAAGGGCAUGUUGCGUACUGUUGAAUCACACUGCAGUGGUGUUAACUGGGGGUGGAGGGGCUGGCACUGAGAUGCUCUGCAAGAUUGUAAUGUGAUUGAAGCUUUUCAACACAUCAACUCACAUAAAACCAAAAUAAUACCUUCAUUAUCAAACUGGUUACCAUGCCUUACAUAAUGGAGUUAGUAUUUGUGAGUAGAAAGACUUUAGGUAAUGGAAAUAUAAAUAAGAAUGUUUAACAUAAUAUGCUAAAAGUAUUUUCAUAUUUAAAUAACAUGCAUAAAAGGUGUGCUUUGUUUUGUUCUGUUUAAUGAUUAUCUUGCCCUUUACAAAGCUGAAACUCUUGCCCUUGAACUUACCAAUCACUUUAGUGUUCUAAAUGGCAUCUUUGUGCAAAAGACUCAGUUCACUCACUAACAACACACUCACUGAGUGCCUGCUGGGUGCAAGAGACUGAAUUUAUACCUAAUGUUACUGUGGACCAAGAGAGCAGUGUCUGAAAUAGUUCCCCUGAAAUCUGUUAAGAAACACUUUGAAAUACUUAAGUGCAAAUUGUGUGUGUGUGAAACUUAGUUACAGCCUCAUCAACAGAUGAGGUUUUAAAGCACUUUGUAGUUCUCUAUUGCCAACAAUGUUGUGUUUAUAUGUUGCCAAUUCUUGCAACCGUUGCCCUAAGAGAUCUGGGGGGUGCGAUCUGAAAUAAAAGUGAAACACGUCUCAAAGAGGAACACCAUCCUUAAGACCGACCCCUAGAGCCCCUUUCAUGCUCAGUGUUGACUCUCUUCAAGGCACUUUCCCAUCGCACUGUAGAUGUCUGCAUUUUCACUAGAAACGUCUCUUUAGCUUUGGAAAACCUUCGCCAGGAUCUGAAAAUAAGCCUUACUGACAAUGAAGUGCUUCUUGCAGCAGGUGGUCAACGCGGGACUAACACACCCCACUAAGAGUGACCUACAUCGGGACCAUUCCUCAAGUUUCUCUCACCGACAGUACCAUCAUGUGUUGAGUGUUCUUUUCUCCCAAGUGCUAUUCUUUAAACACAAGAGUUUACCAGUUGCCUAAUGCGCAGUCCAAGUUGCUCUGACACAGCUAACUCCACACAGUACACACUGGGGAAAAGCCAACUCCAGGGGUUCCCUCUCAGAGAACGUCUGUCGUCUGCUGACAUCCCCACGGAGAUACAGUAGUGCUCCCUUCCCAGUUCCUCAGUGUGAAAAGGCAAUUCUGCUGUACAGAUGGGCAAGCCUCUGCAUUCCUAAGUUGUAAAAAAUAUUUAUAAAGAUGCUGCCCACUAAAAAUGGCCUCAGUUCUGUAAAGCAGUCUUGGUCCUGACUAUACAGUGUUAGCCACGUGACGUUAAAAGGAUACUCCAGAACUGAGAAUCAACUAGCUGGUACAGAAGAAGGCCCUACUCACUCCAUACCUACCUACAGUUGACCAAAAAGUUUUAGGCCAGCAAUUAUUAGUUAGCUUUGCUCUUUCUAGUGUGAGAAACCGCAGGCUGGAUCAGUAGUUCAGCAGCCACACACUCAUAAACACAGUCGUGCAUGUUAAAUCUCUUUCAGUGAUCAAACCAAACCGUUUCUACUUCUUCAUUGUGACAGUAUUACUAAGCAGGUAAGGGUGGGUAUUUGUUACACCGUGUAUAGUGAAUGGAUUGUACUGUGUCUGUGAAAGCUGGGCUUUAAAUUAUAUUUUCAUAUGUUUUGUUGGGGACAGAGCACAGCAAGUUUGAAAGAAACAAAAGUAUUAGAACUGAAGGCAAUUUACUCAAAAUUCCUGUCAAGAAAAGCUGCUUAAUAAAUGUACGUGAAAUCACAUUAAAAUAAACUGCCUCUGACCCAAAAUAAA